AUGCGCUUCCGAGAUCAUCUCUCCGACCUCCCCAAGGAGAUCCCUGGUGGCCAAAGAGCACCCGAGUUGUACGACAAGAGCAAGAUUCUGAAGCUUGAAGCCGAGGCGCAGAAGUUGAGAGAGAUGAUUGAUAAGAAGGAAGAUGCGAAGAGGCAGAAACUCAGGGAGUGGGACAGUCUUGAACGCGAGGCGGAUACGGCUCAGCUGAGGGUUGACCUUGCAGAGGGUUCAUUACGAAGCAUAAACGGCGAGGCGGAUGUCAGCGAUGCCUUCUAG